AUGGAAACCCCGCUCAACACUACCAAGCUGGAGAGAGCGCUCCUUACCCUCGACUUCGUGAGAGAACCCGAGACUCUAGACAUGAUACUGGAAGAAUCACAGAUGGGACCUUCACAGUCGGGCGCCAAGGAGGUGGAGGGGAGAGCACCUUCACCCCUGGAGGCACCUGUGAGGGUGUUGAGCCGGGGUCUUGUGAAACUGCGACAGACACCAAUGGGACCCCACAAUUUAAGAGGCAGGCAGCUGCUAGCUGUGAAUGAACCUGGGAUCUGUCAUUAUGGAUCUAUGCUUGAUUGCUGCUAUGGCUGGAAAAGAAAUAAUAAACAGCGCUGUGAAGCUACCUGUGUACAUGGAUGCAAGUAUGGUGAAUGUGUGUUGCCAGACAAGUGUAAAUGUUUUCCUGGAUACACAGGGAAAACGUGCAACCAAGAUAUCAAUGAAUGUGGAUUAAAACCGCAUAUUUGUGAACACAGAUGCAUGAACACACAUGGAAGCUACAAAUGCUAUUGUUUAAAUGGGUACAUGCUCAUGCCAGAUGGCACCUGUGCAAAUUCUAGGACAUGCGCCAUGGUGAAUUGCCAAUAUGGUUGUGAAGAAAUGAAAGACGAUGUGCGAUGCUUGUGUCCAUCAAGUGGACUUCAGUUAUCACCAAAUGGAAAAACCUGCAUAGAUAUUGAUGAAUGUGCCACUGGCAGAGCAGUUUGCUCUUUCAAUCGAAGAUGUGUCAACACUUUUGGAAGUUUUUAUUGUAAAUGCCAGAUUGGAUAUGAACUGAAACAUCUGAGUGGCAGAUAUGACUGUGUAGAUAUAAAUGAAUGUAUAGCAAGUAUACCAAAAUGUAAUUUACAUGCAGAAUGCCUGAAUAUUCAAGGAUCCUUCAAGUGUAAAUGUAAACCAGGCUACAGAGGCAAUGGUUUUGAAUGCUCAGUUUCUCAUGAAAAUUCAGUGAAAGCAAUUCCCAGAAUCUCUGGAGUUACAAAAGAGAAGCUCAAGAAAAUGCUUCUUCACAAGAAGAGUGCAAAAAAGCAUAAAGACAUAAAAAAUGCAAUCCCAGCAUCUAAAGCUCAGGUGGAGCCAUUAGACUAUCAAUAUGGCUUGUAUCCAGAGAGUGCCUUCAGUGAGCGGGGGAAAAGCAUUGAAGAUGUCAGAAAAGACAGCAAAACAGUAGAGAAAGGAGGUGUGGAAGAAGGAGGAGAAAGGGAACACCUUGAAAACCAGACUGUCCAUGAGAAGAAACUCAGGGGAGAUAUAUUUUACAAAGAAGCUGCUGUUUUUGGUCCUCACAUGGCACAAAAAGAAAUUCCAGUCUCAAAAGGAAAGCUGCAAGUUGUAGACUGCAGCUUUGGUCGAGGUUCUUGUGCUUGGGAACAAGAUACAGAUGACGACUUUGACUGGAAUCCUGCAGAUCAUGAGUCUGGUGAUGGAUAUUACAUGACAAUUCCAGCCUUCAUGGGACACAAGAAAGAUGUUGGGCGUAUGAAACUUCUUCUUACCCAUCUGGAGCCAAAGAGCAUUUAUUGUUUAAUUUUUAGUUAUCGACUUGCAGGAGAAAGGGUAGGGAAACUACAAGUAUCCCUAGGCAACACUACCAGUAGUCCUUCCUGGGAACAGAAUAUGGGAAAUGAUGAACAAUGGAGGACUGGACAGGUUGAAGUGCACACAGGGGCUGAAACAGCUAUGAAUAUCACUUUUGAGGCAGAACGUGGGAAAGGUAAAACUGGAGAAAUUGGAGUUGAUACCGUUCUACUGUUUUCUAAUUUAUGUUCUGAAGACCUGUUAACACUGGAUAUCUGAACAGAUUAUUUUAAUUUCUAUUAUAUUAUUUGUUGUUAUUCAUACAGAGAUUUUGUAUUGCCAUAGCCUAAAAUGUAGAUCUGGGAACUGCAUCUUGAACUGUGAUGUAGAUUUAAAAAAAACUGAUAGAUUUAAAUAUCUUUGGUUAGAUAGUUGAUUUUUACCUAAACAUACUAUGUUUUCUUUUACAUGUAAUUAUACUAUAUAAUUUGUAGUCAUGUUAUACAAAAAAAAGUCUAGUGUUUCUACAAGAAUAAUCUUUGCAUAAAAUCCCUUUAAGGCAAAUUUCUACUUUACUUGAAUAUUCCCUGAGUUUUCCUAUAGUACUGUAAUGUUUUAGAACAGAGUGAACACUGUAAGGCCUCUGACCAGGUACAUCCUGAUGCCUAUUUUGUGGCCCUGGACCCCUGUUUUUUAACCUAGUUGCUGAAACAUGAUGCAUGGUUUCCUGACCUUAUGAAGAGCAAAACACACAAAAUGUAGUGGAAGUUCUACAAUAGGAUUUUUAUAAUUAAAAAACAAAACAACUGUCUCAAACAAUUUAGAAACUCAUGAUGCAGGCACUUCAUAUUUUUACUGACACAAGUAUCAGUACGCCCUAUAUACUAGUAUUACAUAGUGCAUAUACUCACAGAUAUCAGCGGAUAAGCUGAACCCCAUUUUUGGGUGCAUUUCGGCACCUAAAUUCUUGGCUUAACCAUGAGUAUAUACGGUACUUACUGUGUUACAUAAAUGGGAACAUUAUGCUUAGAAGCUAGUAAUAUUAGUCUGUUACUACUUUUCUGCUAGAAAUGUUAAGCUCAUUGUUUUUAAUGGUGCUUUCCCAAAAUCUAUGAGUAGUGUGCCCCCGUUUUCUUUGUAAAUCCAGAUA